AUGCUCAGAAUUAUAUCUUAUAACGUUAGGGGAAUAACAACAUGCAAAAAACAACAACUGCUUAAAAUAUGGUUAAAUCAAAAUCCACAUGAUAUAGUUAUGCUUCAAGAAACACAUAUGACAAAAUUUUCCCAUCUUGAAAAUUUUAAAAAUUCUUUCAUUGAUUAUAAUAUUAGGGCGGCAUUGGGUACAUGGGCUGCUGGUGGUGUCUUAAUAAUGAUUAAGAAAAAAUUUAAUAUGAUUGAUUAUGGAUCAGAUACUGAUGGCAGAAUUGUUUAUAUUAAAAUUGAAUGUAAUCAUGUUCCAAUAGUUUUAGUCAAUGUUUAUGCUCCUGCUCAAAUAACAGAACGAUGUUCCUUUUUUAAGGAAUUAUUAUUAUAUAUUCCUUCUACCAAAUGGAUUAUUAUCGGAGGGGACUUUAAUUGUACUCCGAACAAUCAACAAGAUAGGAAAAAAUUAGGUGCACAGACAGAUAAUCUAUCUUAUCGAAUAUUACUUAAGGAAGUGAUCAAUCCACUAUUGUUAACUGAAAUAUUUAGACGAAAACAUCCUAGGAAAAUUGUUUAUUCAUAUCAUGCAAGUGCAGGCAAUUUUCAUAGUCGUAUAGAUCUGGUAUUUGGUUCUGAUAUUAUAUACAAAAAUACACAUGAUAUUGGUUAUGUUCCAGUGGGCUUAUCGGAUCAUGACGCAUUAAUUUUAUCUAUUAAAAUACCAUCAUUCACCGAUAAAAAUAUGCAUCGUAGAUGGAUAUGUAAUCCUAAUGUAAUUAAAAGAAAAUCCUUUUUAGAAAAAUUCUAUCGAGUAUGGAACAUCAUUAUCAACACAGCUGAUCUCAAUACAACUGAAUGGUGGAAUGAUUUUAAGACAAGCCUAAUAAUGAAAAUACAACAAGAAGAAAAAGAACUUAAUCGAGAAACACGACGUGAAUUAGAUGGAUUAUCUAAAGAAUAUCGUUUUAGAGCAAUUAAUCCAUCCGAUGAUGACUUAGUACAAUUAGAGAUUAUUAAACAAAAACUUCACGAUGCAUUAACAGAAAAAUUCGUUAAUAGUAUUCCAAGUCAAGAUGAUCGUGAUGUUAAAUGUCUUAGUAAUUUAGCUAAAGUGAGAUUAGCACAUGGUAAAGCAAACCAAUCUAGAAUUGCUUAUCUCAUUUACCCAUCUAAUGGUCGCGUUGAAACAGAUAACGAAAUGAUGGAAAUAUGUUGUAAUUUCUAUCAAGAUUUAUAUAACGUUAAACCAAUCGAUACAUCUUAUUGGAGUGAGUUAUUCAGAGAUAUAACAACACUCGAUCAAAAUGAUAUCGACUUACUUGACCGUGAUAUAACAACUGAUGAAUGUAACGCAGCCCUUAAAGCUAUGCAAUUAGGUCGAGUUCCAGGUGAUGAUGGUUUAACGAUUGAACUAUGGAGAUUUAUUUUCCCAAUAGUAGGAGAUCAUUUUAUUAAGAUGGUAAAUACAGCUAGAGACAAAGGUCAUUUUCACGAUGGAUUUCUUAAUGGUCUUCUUACACUAUUAAAGAAAGAAGGUGAAUUUAAUGGAACGCUGAAAAAUUUUCGACCUCUCUCACUUAUGAAUAUUGACUAUAAAAUCAUAACCAAAGUUUUAAGUACAAGACUAAAGAAGGUUAUGAACAAAAUCAUACAUUACAAUCAAACAUCAGGUAUUCCCGGAAGAACCAUACAUGAUAAUAUACAUUUAAUACGUACAAUCAUAGAGGAUCAUGCAAGAAACCGUAUACCUUUAGGAAUUACUAUGUGGGAUCAAGAAAAAGCUUUUGACAGAGUGAACCAUCUUUACACUCUAAAAAAAAUUGGUUUUCNUAUAUAUUAUUAA